GGAGGCUUCACUGGUGGAUUGUUGACAAUAUCAGUCAUAGGUAAGUACAUCAGUGAAGGUUUAAUAUAUGAUAAAGGUUUGAUAUUGUAACUAUCUCCUGCCAUUUUUGCCAGAUCUGCAGGUGUCAAUGACUGCUGGUACAGUUACUGAGGGAGGCAAUGUGACACUGACCUGUGACACCAGCUGCAACCUCAGGGUCAACACCUUCAUCUGGUACAAGAACACACAGCCUACCAGACACAGAGCCAUCAACAACACCCUCCACCUAAACCCAGUCAGCAGUGAGGAUGCAGGCAGCUACUCCUGUGCUGUUAGAGGACAUGAACAACAUCCAUCACCUAAAGCUACUUUACAUGUCAGAUAUCCACCACGGAACACCACUGUGAUUGUGGCUCGUGAUGGUGAAAUAGUGGUGGGUGAGUCAGUGAAUCUGACCUGCUGGAGUGAUGCCAAUCCACCGGUACACAACUACACCUGGUACAGGAAGAACGGAACUCAAACCUCACUGCUAGGAGGAGGCCAGAGUUACGUCAUCGCUGACAUCAGCUAUGAGACCAGUGGACUCUACUACUGUGUUGCACAGAACAGUGUUGGUGAACAGCACUCAGCAGCUGUGUCAGUGCCAAUAUCAGGUCCAGGCUGGGCUAAGUAUGUAGCCGUUAGGAUCCUUACUGUAGUAGUUCUCCUGCUGCUCCCAUGGCUUCUGUGUCUGAGGUGUAAAUCUAGCACUUCCCACAAAACAGGCAGCACAACGACUUCUCAACAGGCAGACUCAAGCCCCGUGUACGACGACACAGCCGUAUGACUCCUUAUGAAGACAAAACGCAGAAACAGACACAAUGUAUUGUGCUAUUUACCAGUGGUGCAGUCUAGUGUGUUGUUGUGGGUAUACUGAUAUUGAAUAGGUAGCCUGUAGAGCUCAGUGUGGUGGGUUGCAGAGUGCUGUCUUUUUGUACAAGACAGAAAUGCAUGUUGAUACAUAUCCUUGGAUAUUUUAAGUGGUUUUGAUGCUUUUGA